AUGAAAAUAUCCGGUUAUUUUAGUGAUCCUCUCCUAGUUCCUAGAAUUAAUCAGUACUUGUCAGACAACAAAAACAAGUUAUAUGUUGAUAUUAAUGAUAUGGUUAAUGAACUUCAGUCUCAAUAUGCAGAUUAUUCCAGAAAAAAGAAAAGUGCAUUUAAACCUCUUGUCGAAAAAGCAUUUUCCUUUGUUCUUCAACAAUGUGGAAUGAAUCCUGAUGAUUGUCCUAAAGUUGAAACUUUUUCAAAUUCUUCAGGAAAUUCUUCGAGCGAUGUGGAAGAAUGUAACACAGAAAGUAAACCAUCUUCGAAUAACCAAAUGAUUAAUUUAUAUAACACUCCGAAAAGUCAAACUUGUGCACAUGAAAAAGCAGAAUUAAUUGAUCUCAGUAGUGAUGAUGAAAAUGUUAAAAAGAAAGAUGUUACUAUGGAAAAAAGUAAUACAAAUUUGAGUAAAAUAAAUAAUUGUUCAAAUUAUUUAAUUAAAAAUAAAUCUAUAUCUUGUACCAGAAUUGGUCCUGAAAAGAACGAUGUGUUAGAUCAUGUUGAUCAUCCUGUUAGACAUUUACCCAUGAUGAAACGAUUAAGGCCACACUCUCCAGUAAAACCACAUAUAAAAAUAAUAAAAAAAAAAAAAAUAAGAAUGUGUUCACCUAAACAAGUAACAUUUGCCGAUUUUGGUGGAAAUACAAAAGUUUUAGAAGAAGUUUGUAAACUUAUUUUACACAUUCCUCAUCCUGAAAUAUUUAGAGAAAUUGGAAUUUCUCCACCUAGAGGAUUUUUACUUCAUGGUCCACCUGGUUGUGGAAAAACAUUAUUGGCAACUGCUAUUGCUGGAGAACUUGAUGUCGAAUUAAUUCAAAUUUCUGCUCCAGAGUUGAUCGGUGGAGUGUCUGGAGAAUCCGAAGAACGAAUUAGAGAAUUGUUUGAUAGAGCUGUCGAAUCAGCACCAUGUGUCCUUUUUAUUGAUGAAGUAGAUGCCAUUAUGCAAAAUCGACAAAAUGCUCAAAGAGAAAUGGAAAGACGUAUAGUAGCCCAAUUAUUAACAUGCUUGGAUGAAUUGAACACUAAAGAAAAUGGAGAUCUUGUUCUUGUUAUCGGUGCUACAAACAGGCCGGAUUCAUUGGAUCCCGCGUUAAGACGUGCGGGAAGGUUCGAUAGGGAAGUUUGUAUUGGAAUCCCCGAUUUAAAAGCCAGAGAAAAAAUAUUGAAAGUUUUAUGUAGUACAUUAAAUUUAGCGCCAAAUUUUUCGUUUGAAGAAUUGGCACAACACACUCCAGGAUAUGUUGGUGCGGAUUUAUUAGCGUUGACGAGGGAAGCCGCCAUGGUAGCAGUCAACAGUUUGGAAGAAUUGAAAAAUAAAGAAAAAAAACAAAAAAAUAUAGAAAAAAAACAAGAGCCGUGGAAAGAAGAAGUAAAAAAUGACACAGAUGAAUUAAUGGAUAUCGAUGUUCUCGAAGGAGGAGGAGGAGGGAUCGAUUGUAAAAAAACGUCUAACGAUGAAAAAAAUGAAUGCCAAAAAAAAAAUAAUUCACAAAAUUUAAAUAAUAAUGACAAAUCGGAUUUAAAUGUGAAAAGUCAAAAUGGUGGCGAUGAUAUUCGCGAGGGAACAAUGGCGAACGGAGAAAACGAUGUUAAAAAUAAUAAAAAUGAUAAUGAUGAUGAUGAUGCGUCAAUGGAAAUAAGUGUCAACGAUGUGAGUGAUGGUGAAAAAAAUAUUAAUAAAGUUGAAAAAGAAGAAAAUGUAAAUAAAAAUACGACGGAAGAAACAGAUGAUAUCGAUGUCGAAGUCAUAACCGACGUGACAACAAAACCCAACAAUUCACCCAAUCUUGAAACUUUAAUGUAUUGGAUUCAAGAAUUCUCACCUUUGUCUCUUGGACAAUUGAAAAAUAUUUGUUUAACUCAAGAAGAUUUCAAAAAAGCAUUAAAAUCCGUUCAACCGUCUGCUAAACGUGAAGGUUUUGCAACCGUUCCAGACGUGACUUGGGAUGACGUCGGAUCCUUGGCAGACAUUCGUGAAGAAUUAAAAAUGUCAAUUUUGGGACCGGUUAAAUAUAGAAAACAAUUUGAACAAUUGGGACUUACGGCACCGGCUGGAAUUCUUAUUUGCGGUCCUCCAGGUUGUGGUAAAACUCUUCUCGCCAAAGCGGUUGCUAACGAAGCGGGUAUUAAUUUCAUAUCAGUCAAAGGUCCGGAAUUAUUAAACAUGUACGUGGGAGAAAGUGAACGAGCGGUACGAAGAUGUUUUCAAAGAGCGAGAAGUUCCGCACCCUGCGUUAUAUUUUUCGAUGAAUUGGAUUCACUUUGUCCGAGAAGAUCAGACACGCCGGAAAGUGGAGCAACCAUGCGGGUCGUCAAUCAACUUCUGACGGAAAUGGAUGGAAUCGAAGAUCGUAAAGAAGUUUACAUCAUGGCCGCGACAAAUAGACCGGACAUUAUCGAUCCGGCAGUUUUAAGACCUGGAAGACUGGAUAAAAUACUUUACGUUGGAUUACCACAAGAAGAAGACAGAGUGGAUAUUCUUCGAGCCGUCACCAAAAACGGAACUCGACCCAAAUUGGAUAAAGACGUCAAUUUGAGGGACAUUGCGUACAAACCUGAAUGCAAAGGAUAUUCCGGAGCUGAUUUAGCUGCUUUGGUUCGAGAAGCCGGAAUUCAAUCCGUUAAAGAUUUCAUGUCGAAAACGAAUGCGGAUUCGAAAGCAAGUGUUACCGUGUCAUUAGAUCAUUUCGAACGAGCUUUAAAAAAAAUUCGACCUUCCGUUUCACCAGAGGACCAAAAAUAUUACGAAAGUUUAAAAAAAAAAUAUUCAAUACAAAAAUCGUAG